GCUCUUCUGUGGAUAGGAAGUUCUGCUGGUACAAUUUUAAUCAAUAUGGCUACCUGUGAAGUGGAAGCAGUUUUACAUUAUGAAGAUUAUGAUGAACUCAGUGUUCAUUUGGCUGGAUCAAUGUCAUUGUCAUGUAAAACUGGAAAGAAAGAUUUUUGUUUGAUUGCGUCAUUGUUUGAAAAUCAAAUAUCACUUCUUGAAGUUGACACCUGUACUUUGUGGCGGUUCCAGCAACGGGACCUGCAGUCCUGUGCAUUAGAGACUAAUUUGUCUAUUGUUUCCAGUAACCCUCUACUAUCAACAUCUCCA